UCCCCGCCGAUCCCUCCAACCAGAGACAAUGGCUCCCAUCGCAAAGAAGUCUGGCGCCAAGGGCAAGGGCCCCAAGGUGACCAAGAAGUUCAUCAUCAACGCCUCGCAGCCCGCCAGCGACAAGAUCUUCGACGUCUCCGCCUUCGAGAAGUUCCUGAACGAGAAGAUCAAGGUUGACGGCCGCGUCGGCAACCUCGGCGAGACCAUCAAGAUCUCCCAGCUGCCCGAGGGCAAGAUCGAGAUCGUUGCGCACAACGAGCUCUCUGGUCGCUACCUCAAGUACUUGACGAAGAAGUUCCUUAAGAAGAUGCAGCUCCGUGACUGGCUCCGCGUCGUCUCGACCUCUAAGGGUGUCUACGAGCUCAAGUUCUUCAAUGUCGUCAACGACGAGGCUGAGGAGGAUGAUGAGUAAACGGCUCGCCAUUUGUUUGGAGUUCUCCGGGAUCAUCUGGUUGGGUUACCACAUAAAAACAAAA